AUGCGGAUUCAAGAAGCAGGAGAAGAUAACAUGUAUUUGAGGCUCCCAAGUAUAGUUGGUCGCAACAAGAAUGCUGUUUUGGGGUUUCUUAAAGAGAGAAUGAGGAAGAGGAUCAAUGGUUGGGAGGGUAGAUUUCUGUCUCGGGCUGGGAAAGAGGUUCUUUUUAAGACUGUGGUUCAAUCUCUCCCAUCGUACGCUAUAAAUGUCUUUCUAUUCCCCAUCGGCACUUGUAAAGAAAUUGAGAGGAUGAUGGCAAGCUUUUGGUGGAAGUCGAAUAAUACCAAUAGCAAUGGCAGUGGCAUUACUUGGAUGAGUUGGGAUAGAAUGACCAAGCAUAAGUUUGAUGGCAGUAUGGGCUUUCGUAGCUUGAGGGAUUUCAACUUAGCCAUGCUUGGUAAACAAGGUUGGCGGCUUUUAUUUAAUGUCGAUUCCUUAGCUAGCAAAGUUUUCAAAGCUAGAUAUUACCCACAUGGUGACUAUCUAAAUUCGGAGCUUGGGUCGAAUCCGAGCUUUAUAUGGAGUAGUAUCUUUGCUGCAAAAGAUACCGUUAAACUUGGUCUGAGGAGAAGAAUCGGGUCUGGUACAACUGUGCAAAUAACAACUGAUCCAUGGCUUCCUGUUUUUGAUAACCCAAUACCAGCCCCUGUGGUCGACGGACUUGAUAACUUCACUGUCAACAGCCUUUUUGAAGUUAAUAAUCGAAGAUGGGAUGAAGAUAUUGAUCUGUUUGCCCCUGAGAUUGCUGCUAUUAUCCUUGGCAUUCCCUUAAAUCAAUCUGGUGGAGUCGACUCUUGGUAUUGGAUUGCAGAAAAGAAUGGGUUUUAUUCAGUCCGAAGUGCGUACAAUUUGCUUCAAAAGCUUAAACAUCAUUCGGAUGACUCAGAGGUCAUUGUAUUCUGGAAGAAAUUAUGGUCUCUCAAAGUGCCUCCCAAGGCCAAGGAUCUCGUGUGGAGGGCGGCUUCAAACUGUCUCGCCACCAAAAGGAACUUGUGCAUAAAUAAGGUUUUGUCUGAUAGUACUUGUCCUAUGUGUGGUGUUUUUGCUGAAUCGGAAUGGCACAUCUUGGUGUCUUGCAAUUUUGCUUGGUCAUGCUUCGGUUAUGCUGGUCUUGCUGCUGUUGAGAGAGACUCGUUCUCUUCUUUGCUGGUGUGGUUGGAAGCUACUGCUAACCGGCGUGCGAGAAGUGUGAGUGCUGUGGUGGCUUUUGCUACAUCGAGUCUUGAUCAAUGGUCGAAUGCUCAAGGAAAGGGUAAUAUUCCCUUGAUGUCUCCUCUCAAAGUUGAAGAUGGUUUAGAGCGGUGGGUUAAACCGAUUUCAAGAAUCAAACCCAAUGUAGAUGCUACCCUUUUUGCUUCUCUUCAUAAACACGGCUAUGGAUGUGUGGUUAGGAACUCUGUUGGUGACCUGGUGUCAGUUUUUGCGGGGGUUAAGUCCGGUUCUGUGGCUCCCGAAUUGGCUGAAAUAAUGGACAUUCGGGAAGCCUUGAGUUGGCUCAAGAACAACCCGUAUUCAAAGGCCACUAUUGAGACGGAUAGUCUUGUGUGUGCAGCAGCUAUUAGAAGUGCAGAAACCUUUGCUUCUGCUUUCGGCUUGGUGGUGGAUGAGUGCAAAAAUAGUUUUAAAAGUUUGUCCAAUGUUUCUAUUGUGUUUGUUAAACGUUUUGUGAAUCGUGUCGCGCACUUUGUUGCCCGGCACUCUAUUUCUCUAGCUGAACAUAUAUUUCCUAUUAACAGUGUUCCUUCGGACUUAUUGUCUAUUCUUGUGAGCGAUUGCUCGGUUUAA